GGCCUACGGUACCAGGACCCCUGCACUUCAGUGGCUACAGCAGUGUGCCUGAUGGGAAGCCUCUGGUACGGGACCUGUGCCGCAACUGUGCUGUGGUGUCCAGCUCUGGCCAGAUGCUGGGCUCAGGUCUGGGCCGUGAGAUCGAUGGUGCAGAGUGCGUGCUACGUAUGAACCAGGCUCCCACUGUGGGCUUUGAGGCGGAUGUGGGGCAGCGAAGCACCCUGAGAGUCAUCUCGCACACGAGCGUGCCUCUGCUGCUACGUAACUACUCCCACUACUUCCAGCAGGCCCGUGACACGCUCUAUGUGGUGUGGGGCCAGGGCCGGCACAUGGACCGCACACUGGGCGGCCGCACCUACCGCACGCUACUGCAGCUCACCCAGAUGUACCCAGGUCUGCAGGUGUACACCUUCACUGAGCACAUGAUGGCCUACUGUGACCAGCUCUUCCAGGACGAGACUGGCAAGAACCGGAGACAGUCGGGCUCCUUCCUCAGCACUGGCUGGUUCACCAUGAUCCUGGCUCUGGAGCUGUGUGAGGAGAUUGUGGUCUACGGAAUGGUCAGCGACAGCUACUGCAGGGAGCAGAAGCCCCCCUCCGUGCCUUACCACUACUUCGAGAAGGGCCGUCUGGAUGAAUGUCAGAUGUACCUGGCACAUGAGCGUGCACCCCGCAGUGCCCACCGCUUCAUCACCGAGAAGGCUGUGUUUUCCCGCUGGGCCAAAAAGAGGCCCAUUGUGUUUGCCCACCCGUCCUGGAGGAUCCAGUAGCUCACUGACUGGUCAGCUGCCAUACCUUCCCUUGGCUUCUGUACCAAGCACACUCCACCAAAAACAUGAAACUGAGGAUUCUGCCUCCUGCCACAUGCCCCUUGGACUUGGGGACAUGCAGAGCCACCUGAGGCCUACAGACUUGGGGGUGAAAAGAAAAGGGCCAUGGUAAUCACCCUGUCUCCCUCUCCCCCUGAGUAAUCUGAAUUUUCAUGUUGGGGUUUAUCCCACCUCCAGGUCUGUCUAGUGGCCUUUGUCCUGGGGAUGAAGGCCCCCAACUCACCAGCAUUAUCACCUCUGACCUUGUUCCAGCCCUGAUACUUUCCCUCUGAGCUCCCUGUUUUCCUAACUCCCCUCUUUUGGUGCCACACUUGCCAGUCUGGUUGUCCUGGUCAGGGCAGCCCAGGACUUGGGGUUCACUGGGUAAAGGGGCCUAUGAACUGUGACAUCAGGGUCACCUCUGGAAUGUACAGGUAAACAUGCUUUCUGGA